ACAAGGGGGGGAGAAUAAAAGGAAGACAGAAAGGGAGGGCGAGAGAGGGCCUUAAAAAAAGAAAAAGAUGUCGUCCUGUGGACCGAGACGCCGAGGCGGAGCCACGGACCGCGGCCGACCGGGAGCUUUGUAGGCGGGGGACAAGCUGUACGCAACGCCGAGGCUCGGGGAUCCGACGCGGCGGCGGCCUCCCCCCCUCCUCUCCUCCUCUCCUCCUCUCCUCCCACGGAGCAACGAUGAGCGCGACCUCCUACUCGUCUUCGGUCGACAAAUUAUCGCAACAUUUUUUAUUACAGUAGACAUAAGCAAAUUAUAUAUAUUAUUAAAAACGCACCAUUAAAAUAAAAGCAUGACAUCAACCAUCUUGGCGCGUUUGCACAAUGGUUGAUAAACAUAUAUUUUAUUUGUAGUUGAUGACUCGGUCUCACGUUAAGCUAAACGUCGCCCGGAACACAUAUUUCCGAUCCGCUGAACCCGGACAGGUGCGGAGGAGACACAGGCCUCAACGUCGGUCCUCAGCGCGGCCGUGAGGAACGGCUGGUCCUCUGGGCUCCGGUCCUCAUCCCUCCCGCCCCGGGCCGCUAGCUGCUGCUCCCCGGGCUGCUCGGGUCCAACAUGGACACCUCCUGGAGUAACUUCCUCUUUCAGACCUCGUCGUCUCAGACUCAGCCGGAGACGCCUCUCCAGUCCGAUCUGAUGCCCGAGCUCUCCGGAUCGGCUCCGUCUCCUCCGGGCGAACACGUCGGCACGCCGCCCUCCACCGUGGACACCGCCGCCCUCAGCGAGGAGCCCCUUCCUGUCAAACCGCUGCCCAAACCGGGCCGGUCCGCCCACGUCUGCGCCACCUGUAACAAGGAGUUCAAGAACAGCUACAACCUGCGGCGGCACCAGUCGGUGCACACAGGCAUCAAGAUGAAGGACCGCGCGGCCCGGGAGAAGGAGGACGGGGUCAAAGGUGGAGGACGGGGAGAGAAGCAGGCUGUGCCUCUGUCUCUGCUCCACCUCACUCUGCCGCAUCCUCCUCCUGCCCCGGAGACCCUCACGCAGCACAGCAACCGGGAGGCCCGGCAGGUCCCGGUUUCCAUCACCCCCGCAACCAUCACCAUGGCAGCGCCGCCCCAACCCAUCCAGGGAGCUGUGGUCGUGACAUCCCUUACGUUUCCCCCACAGAGCCCCCACCCGAACGCCACCCAGGUGAGGAAGAACCACGCCUGCGAGGCGUGCGGCAAGGCCUUCCGGGACGUGUACCACCUGAACCGCCACCGCUUGUCCCACUCGGACGAGAAGCCGUACUCGUGCCCCGUCUGCCAGCAGCGCUUCAAGAGAAAGGACCGCAUGAGCUACCACGUGCGCUCGCACCAAGGCGGCGUGGAGAAGCCCUACGUGUGUCCUCACUGCGCCAAGGCCUUCUCCCGACCGGAUCACCUGAACAGCCAUGUCCGCCAGGUGCACUCUACAGAGAGACCGUUCAAGUGCACGACGUGCACGUCGGCGUUCGCCACGCGGGACCGUCUGCGCGCUCACCUGAUCCGCCACGAGGAGAAGGUGCCGUGUCACAUCUGUGGGAAGCUGCUGUCUGCCGCCUACAUCACCGACCACAUGAGGGUCCACAACCAGUCGCAGCACCACGCCUGUCACCUGUGCAACCGCAGCUUCACCACGCUCACGUACCUGCGAGUCCACGCUCAGAAGCACCACGGUCAGGAGUGGAAGGAGAGCGGCGGGGCGCGGGGGGGCUUUGGCGGGACGGGCGCCGGCGGGGUGCUGCUCUGCCAGCUGUGUGGCGUGCAGUGCAAGACGGCCACGCAGCUGCAGGGUCACAUGGACACGCACGGCAACCAGGACGACCCCGCCCCCACCAGCGCCAGCGGCGCUGCUGUCACCGAGUCCAGCGCUAACGCGGGGGGACUGCUAGUGGCGGACUGUACCGGCAUCGCCCCCCCGGCCCACAGCUAGCGCGCUGGCGAGGCUGCGGGGGGGCGUGGCUGGCUGAAAGAGGAGGAGGGACCACAUCCCAUCCAGAACCGGACUCAGACCGACAGAAGCCGCCACUCCUCUUCAACGUUCUUCGGACUUUUUCCCCCUGACCUAUUGACCUUCCUGUGCGGAUCAGAAGAGACAAUAAGGAACUCUGACACAGGAAGCAAUGUGUAUUUUUACUCCCGUGGUUUUAGCAAUUAGCCGUUUCUCUCUUAGCCGUCGUCGCAUCGUCUCGACCAACUUGCACAUCCCGUCACAAUUUUGUGAAGUGUUUUUAGAUGAUUUGUAUUCCACAAUGUGUUUGUUUACAGGGGAAGGGGGCGCACGUUAACUUAUUUUACUACUAAACGCUCUCCGGUCGGCCUUUUGGCUGGAUUCUUGGAGCAGGGACCUGAGAUGGACAUCCUGUGAUCCACUUUUCUACUGACAGUUCAUGUGUACCAUAAACUCUGAAUGUGCAUCACUCCUCUGCUUCGUCUCGCUCUCUGGAUGCUGAUCAGUGAGUCUUGAAGAAGUUGUCUUGUACUUUGUAGCUGCGUUGGUGACACAUCUCCUGUGGCCGUGCGUAUUGAUUGUACUUGAUGCAUAGUGCAAAGCGCCUCGUUACUUAUUAAAAAGCAGGAAGACGUC